AUUGCAACGUGGGGUUUCUUUAAUGCCUUCAAUAUAAAAACGGUGUUGUUACACAAAGUUUGCUUUCCCUUCCCCUCGUUCUCUUAGGUCCUGCAAUCUGACUCCUCGUCUUCAGGGUCUGUACGAGCGUAAAAAGUCCAGCGGUGUGCACAUGCACACUACAAGGGAAAGUAAGCACUGCUUUCCUUUAGCGCGAUGCAGAGUGCAUGAAGACGCGCAUAUCCCUCGUCAACAUUUCACUGCCGCCUACAAAAAAGAAAUAUGUUUCCAUUCGAGUUUCCUUUGCCUGAUUUACCAAGGAUCUACCCUUCCAAGCGUCGAUUCAUGCUUGAAUCUCACCGGCGUCAACAUUCCAUCGUACACCAAUGAAGAUCCUGUAAAUCGCCUUUCCCAACUUCCAGUGGCAAACUGUGGCGUACUUUUGUUUCCUCCUCUUCCCCCCUACCUAUCGGAUCGAAGAGCUGUGGCAACACAUAACCUGAUCAACAGCACCUUCUUUUUUCUUUUCUUUAUUGUUGUUGUUGUUGUUGUCGUUGUUGUUGAAAUAGCGGGAAGACUGCCUUGCCUUCUCAUUGGCACCAUCGAAAUAUGGACGGACGGGCAAACCUGUGGGAACAAGUAUUUUCGAGGCGUUCAUUCCAUGCAUAUACGAAACAGGAUCCUUGAUCUCGUUCCUCCCUCCCUUCAUCUAUUGUAGCACAUGCGUAUGGGUUUUUUCUUUCUUGGUUGUUGUGCGUUAGCGAGGAAAGAAGGUCGUCCAUUCUAACACACACCCCUGACCGAUAUCAUCAUGCGAUCCUGCUACCACCGCAAGGACAGCAGCAAGGGGAAAUCAACAAAAGACAUGGAUAAGCAUGGAUGAGACAACGAGAUAGCUAGGAUCCAAUCUGACAAGGUGAGAGGUCGACGUUUGCUUCGGUCCGUAAUAAGAUCAGGAGCCGUGCUAGGGGACGCAUAUCGUAGGACAGCUGUCGCGUCCGUAGAGACAAUCCCAACAGAUAAUGGCAUAUGAUACUGCUCGGCGAGAGGAAACAGCAGACAUCGUUGGAGGUAGCGGAAGAGGAAGGAGGUCAUUCAUGCGACUUGGAAGGGUGGGAGGAGGUCGAGAAGGGAGGACAGCAUCCUUUGCACUUGCC